AUGGCCGGAAAACGUUUUUCCUCAAUCAAAGAAGAACUCGAACAUUAUAAAGCCCGUACAUCUGCUUUAGAGGCUACGCUUCUAGAGACACAAUCUGGCAUGGAGGAGUUUCAAGCGACAUCACGAGAAUUAGAGGAAGACUUGGAGCGAGAGUUGGAACAAUCAGAAAAACGCUACAAAGAACUUAAAUCAAAGAAUGAGGCUUUAAAAAAUGAAGUCGAUGAAUGGAAGCAAAAAUAUUAUCAAUCAAAAUCGGAAUCUAAUGUGAAUCAAACACAGAUGCAAAGAGAACUUGAUUCUCUCCGAAGCUUACAAGAAAAAUUCGUGAUCAAGACACGAGAACUCGAAAUUGACUAUGAUGACUUGGAGAGAACAGAAAGAGCUGCAAAGAGUUCCUUGAUUGAUUUAGAAAACAAAUACAAUAAAGCCAUUGAGCGCAAUGUAAUUUUAGAAAACGAGUUAGAAGGAAAGAAUCUUUUGAUUGUUCAAGUACAACGUCUUAAAGAUGAUUUAAGAGAUGUAAACAUCGAAUUAGCCAUAUUGAAGAACAAACAAGAUGGUGAAUACGGACCACCGCCACCAUCAUCUGAACCUGUAUCUUCACCACCAAGGAAAGAAUUUUACAAUCCACCACCACCAAAACCAACGAUCAUCACGAACUCACAAAGAGCGGAAGCAAUGAACACACAAGUAAAUUCCAUAGAUCCAAACUCAAACCCCGUCAAAAUGGUACAAGAGAUGGUUGGAAGAGUCAAGAGUCUCGAAGCUCGUCUUGUUUCAUGCCGUUCACUUGUUACACCUUUACUUGCACCACCACCAUCAUACUCGACAACGAUGCCGCUUGCAUCAAACUCUCCUCCUCCAUCACCGAAAGCGCGAAUGGAUUCAUCGUAUCGAAAUCCACUGAAAUCAUAUAGACGUUCUUCCCUACAAAAGUCCAAAGCUUUCUCAAUGACUGUUAAUCAAAUGAGAUCCAAAGUUCAAUGA